AUGAGUAAUAUCAAGCGCAAACUUGUGGUAGUCGGUGAUACAAGCUGUGGAAAAACUAGUCUGCUUCAUGCCUUCACCCAAGGCAGCCCCGCGAGUGGCGAAUUACCUACUCUGUUAGACCUUCACGAGGUUGCCUCCCCGGUCCCGGGGAGCCAAACCCAACUCUCUCUUUGGGACACCGCCAACCAUGGAGAGUUCAGCAAGCUUCGAAAUCUCUCUUACCUCUUGUGUGAUGUUGUCCUGAUCUGCUUCUCUAUUGAUUCACCCCAGUCCCUCAGCAACGUGCUGAUAAAAUGGGCCCCAGAAGUGCGGCAUUUGAGCGAGAAUAAGCCGACUAUAUUAGUUGGUUGUAAAAAGGAUCUCCGUUGCGAACAGAAUCCGAAAUCCAGAAAUGUGUUCUCACAGGCCAUGACGAAAUUAGUGGGUCGGAAGAAAGAUUUGCAGUCUGAUCAAGAGAGCAAGGCGAGUGAUGCGCUCUCCCAGAUGCCAACGGAGCAGGUCAGCCAUAAGGAAGCUACCAAGAUUUUUCGUCAGAUUGGGGCUAGGCAAUACCUCGAAUGCUCAGCUACGACUUUGGAGGGAGUUCAGCAGGUCUUUGAGGCCGCUGCGCGCGCCGUCACCCACUAUAAAAGUGGUUAG